AUGUAUAUCUUCAACCUAAGCAACUGUCAACCACCUGUAGUUUUAAAUAGCAGGAUCUUUUACGGGAAUCUUUGUCCGGAUUUUAGUAAGUCGGGCAAUUACUUGAUGAUAAAUGUCAAAAUAUAUAUUAUUGGACUUGAAAUGUCUCUGCUAUCUUAUUGUCUGGAACUCUUAAUGAGCAAGUUAAAAUUGAAAGAAAACAAACUGCAUGCUUCACUCAGUAAAACAGCUCCUCUUUAUCUGCAUCACUCCAAAGUUGUCCUAAAUUUUGCUGUCUUUACAAUGGUUAAUCAUUUAGCUCAGCUAAAGCAAUGCUCUGUUACAGAUGUAUUGUCUUUGCCCAAAUCUUCUUAG